GGAAGACGGGUGUCCGCCAUGAUGAAAGGUGUUGUUCAUCGAGUUCUGAAUCUUUGUGUCCAUUUUUUGACCCUUAUAACUUGAAAGUGAAUGGGUAAGAGCCAUUGGAGAUAUAUUUGUACCUGUGAUAUUAUGUGUGAAUGCAAACUAAAUUACAUUUUUAAAGUAUAAAAUGUUGCGUGUAAAAGUCUGCAAUAGUCGUAAGUUAAGACAUUCAGGAAAACGUCACAAAGUACUGCAGUGUUGGAGAAAGGGACGAUCCUUGGUCACGUGGUAUAAUUUUGGCUCACAAGCAUUUGCGAGAAGUUCUUUGUCGUCUGUUAUCGUUGCUGUUAAAUGAAUUCCGGUUUUGUGGUUGUUUAGAACUGUGAUACCAUGAACUAUGGCUCGUAAUAUUUAAUUGCUGAUAUCAAACGUUUAUUGAGCAUCUAGAAAAGAACUUGCAAUUAGGAUAUCUGCCUUUUUGGUCAAAAAAAAGUGGAUACUUAUGGCAGUGAAGAACUCUUAAAGGAGAGUAUCCUUUUGGAUUCAUUACUUUGGUGCAAUGGCCCCUGCCUUAACAGAAACUACUAAUCAAGCUGAAAAUUUUAACUUGCCUUUCUCUCCUGCAUCAGCUUCAAGUAGUCCUGCAUCUCCUGAGAGUACAGUAACUGGAACAAGUGACAAUUUGUUUCUAAACAUUAUUGAUAGUGGGAAUAACCGAAAUGCCCCAUGUCUGACAAAAAACAAAGGAUUACAUAACACAGAAACCUCAAAAGAUGCCUUGAGAAAGUGUCAGUUUUUACCAAAGGUAAUAAGGGCUGUUCAUGAGAUAAAAAAACCAUAUAGCUGUGUUAAGUUUAAUGUUUUGACUAGUAAAAAGUUUGUGAAUUGUGAAAAGCCUAGUAGUGGGAUAAACCUAGCUGCUGGGGACAAACAUACUAGCAAUUUAAACCUAUUUACAAUGAAUAAAGACAUUUUUGGCGUGCAAGACAACAUGGGUCUUUUGAAUGCUAAUGUAUCAUUUGAGAAAGAUAUGAAAAACAAGGUAGCCUCCUUAGGUCACCUGCAGAAAACUUGUAUUCAGUCUGGACAACAUAUUUUGUUUCCUAAGAAGACACUUGGAAAUGGUUGGAAUGGUUCAAUGACAACACUAGGAAAGACUUAUUCAGGUCCAAAUGUGUCUAAUGACAAAGUUGGUGACCAUAAGGUACAAGAAGCUUCCAAUUUUCAUUUGGCUUCAGUAAAUAACAGAAAUUCUGCUUGCAAUGAAAGGCUUCAAAAACGAGCUGAUUACUUGCUGCGUCGGCUACGGAAAACCCAGUUAAGACGAGCUCAGAAACACGUAGAAAGACAACUGCAGGCUUUUGUUGGCUAUCAACAGAUGACACUUGGAAUUCCAUGUCAGAAACAGCUGCAACAGAAUUGUUCUUCUUCGAAACUACGGGAAUCUCCAGAUAUAAAAUCAGAACUUUUCAAAAAUGAAGAUGUUAAAAACCUUUCCACAGCUGCUUUGGUAAAUUUGGUGAAAAAAUUGGAAUCCUGGAAUCGGUCUUCAAAACUGUGGAAAGGAAAUAAACACCAGGAUACAUGCUCAGUUGAAUCUGUAGAUUCACACUUACUACAGAAGGAUAAAGUUUCUGUCAAAUAUAACAUUGAAGAAAAAAAGGAAAUUAGAAGAGCUUCUGGCACUUUAUCUACUAAUCUCAAGCAUUUAGAAGCUGCAUUUGAUUCAGAUAAAACUGAAAGCAGCUCUGGUGGAGAAAGCUGUGAUGAGAACGAAGGAUUUGGAGAACCGGGGCAUGACAAUUUACAAGAACUACCUAUUCACAGGCGAGCCGGUUGGAAAUGGACAGUGGAUCGGUCUGGUGUAGCCAGUCGUUGGACGUGGCUGCAGGCUCAGGUUUCAGAUCUGGAGUACAAAAUUCGGCAGCAGGGAGAGCUACAUCGAAAGCUGCGGGCAGCGAAGGGAUGCUUUUCUCUUGGUGUGCCAGGCUGCCCUAUUGGAAAUGAUAAUGUGACUAAUAAAAACGCAAGUCGGUCUGGCAGAAAACUAACGCCUAUCGAAGUGAAAAUCGCCAACAUAGAAAGGCGAAACGAGUUGACGGCAUAUGUAACUGGACUUGAAAAAAGUUCGGAGAACAGUACCAUUGAGGUGGCUAAAAAACGCGGGACUUCAAGCUUCGAGAAUAAGCAAGUCAACGGCUUUGUGGAUUCGUCAGUAAUGACAAAAAACAAAAGUGAUUCUGGAGCGCCUGUUCCAUUGAUUUCUUGUCCCAACUCUAGUCCACUUCAUCCUCCUUUCGUUUUAACGCCUGUUAUUCCAUUUUCUCAGUUCAGAAAUGCUAGCGAUUCUAAGACUAAAAAGGAAACUCCAAGUUUCGUGGGUAGCACGUGCCAAGCUAGCCGGACACGACCGCUUAUGAACUUCAACAAGAGGAAGAUUUUUAAAAUCUCAGAUCUACACCAGACGAGUCGUAAGGCAUCCAGGUUAUCAUCGGUAAGAUGUACUUGUAGUUGCCAGCGAGAGAUGUUGCCGUGUAUUGUGUGCGGAGGCCGUUUUAAUAACACUCAGUCGUUUGAUCCAGAAACAACGCCCGUCUCUGAACGUAUAGCCCUCCUGGACCCAUCAUUCCACCAAGUUCUUUCCUUUCCACAAGAUACAGAUGUUUUGCUUCAGUUUGAUGCAUUUUUGAAAAGUGCAGAAUUCCAGAAGUCUGUAAUGAAAGCAUCAUUUAUCAGAAAGAAAUGCAGAUUAUCAGCACCGUCCAAAAACUCCAAUGAACACAACAGAAACAGAAACACCAAACUGACAAAAAAUGCUGCCCAAGCUCUUCUCACAUCAGCUAAGUAUCGUAAGAAACUGGGUGAAAAGAAACAGAAAAAGAAGAAAUCCAUUAACUUUGAAAAUGGAGAUAACUCAAAAUGGAAGAAGAAAAGAACCUUUAAUGAACUUGGAUAUGAAUCGUUCAAAAGACGUAGAGUUCACUGCCCAAGUUCAUCGGCGUCAAGCAGUAGUUCCAAAACCUCAUCUCCUGCACAAUCUCCUGCCCCAGUUUUUGAUGGAGAUAAGCAACAUGGAUCUUUUGCAGGUAACAGAACUAGUCAACUUCAAGAUGUUCUCAAAAAGAGAAAACAUGAAAAUGAGUAUGAUAUCAACAACAUCGUUAUCCCUUACAGUAUAGCAGCAACAACAAGAGUUGAAAGGCUGCAGUACAAAGAAAUUCUUACACCUAAGUGGCGUAUAACAAAUGAAGAACCACCUUGUUACCCUAAGAACAGUGUUCCAAUAACUCAAGCAGAGAAAGAUCAGGAAGAAGACAUAUCAGAAAUGGCCUUUACAUUAUGUCAUCAGCGGUGUGAAGAGGCUGAAAAGCGACGUUUUUUGAACUAUAUGCAAGUUUACACACAGGGACGUAGUCGUUCUCGGGGAACUCGUCUAGAUUGUAGAGCAGAGAGCAGUGGAGCCAAUACUCCUGACCCAAUGUUUCCUAACCCUCCAGAUUUUAUGUGCCAGGAUUCUAAUUCUUUGUGUAUUACCUCACCUGUGUCUUCACCACCACCACUGCUAUUUUCAGAUGAUUCUCAGCUCUCUGGAGGACCAAUAGCAGCACCUAAAGUAGAACGUAGGCGAACUAUGUCAAUGACAAAACAAGAUGAUGUACGUACAGGAGAUUUGGAAGAACCCGAGAUACAACCAUAUAAACCACGAGUUUUCCCAUUAAGCGAGGAAGAGUUUUGUGAAAUGUUAAAUGAAUCAAAACAACCUAAAGAACUAACUCAAGUACCUAGGCAGGUGAACUUACUAUUAGAGGCGAUUUCUGAUAGUCCUACAUCACCCUUGAGCUCAUCUAGUAGCUCUUUACUGGAAGAAGACCCAAAUGACCCAGAAUGGACUGUUCUAUCCUCAGAAAAAAAUACUAAGCAAUCAUUAGUUUUGAAGUUUGCUAAAAGAUGAGCUAUUUCUUGAACUCAUGUUGGAUCAAGUUACUUUAGGCUAAUGUGAUAAUGAAGUGACAAGUAACAAGUUAGUAAUCAAAGAUGGAUUGUUGAAAAUUGUGGAGCCAUUUUUUUUGUUUUGCUUAAAGAAGAUUUACAUCCAGCUUUAAUUUAGGCUUGAGUUUCUCGAUAGACUUUGAGAAAACUAUUUUACCACUGGUUAUUGUGGUAACAAAAAAAAAAGACAUAAAUGUACAGUAACUUCACAGGGGGAACAUAUUAGUGUAGUGAAGGCUAUUUCUGAAGAAGUGUACUUGUUUCUGUCUUGUGCAGUAUAAGUCGUUUAUAAAAUAACAAAAAAAUAAUUGUAAUGGCAUAGGCACCCCUAGUGUUUUUUAAUCAUCUCUGCACUACAGUGUAUUGGUAACCUCACAAAACAUUUUUGUUGUAAUAGUGAUGUCUAAGCUAUGAGAAAUCUAGCCAAAAAUGUAAUAUAAACAGUGUUCUUGCUUGCUCAUGGUAUCUAGACUUCCAGUUAAAUUCGUGUUUAUGAGGAUGUAAAUAGUUUGUCCAAGUUGAAACGUGUAUCCCUGUUAAUAGUAUUGGAAGACCACUGUGUGUGUGUAAUUUUAUUGAAGGUUACCAAUCUUCACGAUACUGUCAAUCACAGAUCAUCAUCUUUGACCAUGUUUGUGGUGUGGAUUCACUCAACUUUUCAAGUUGUUUUGUAGAUUACUUCAGACAUUUUCAGGUUUACCAUUCCAUCAGAUUGCUUUUUUUUUCUACACUGUACAAUGUUGAUCACAUGGUCAUUCAAUAGAUCUAUCUUGUUGCAUUUUUUUUUUCUUCACUAAUGCAUGUAGUUUUACUUUACUGGUGAGUUUGAUUGAGAAGUUAGUUUUAGGGUUAGGCCUUUGGUGUAAAUAGUAUUGAAUGGGUAUGUCACAACUUGGCUAAAACUGUAGUUGAGACUGCCAAGUUCACUUGUUUUAAGCCUCUGUGAUCUGAAUUCUCACACCUGAUGAAGAAGAAAAAGCAAAAAUAGUAAAAAAAUAUUCAUCCACAACAUAUGUACUGCAUUUUUUUUUCUUAUACAUAUACAAGUUACUAGAUAAAGUUUGGUGUGUACUUAAAAGUUGCUUUCCAAUACCAAGUCUAUACAUACCAUGUGAACAAGAGGUAUCUGAAUUUGAAGAGAGUUUGUAACACUAAAUGUAACUUUUUUUUUUUUUUUUAACUGCCCUAAACUGACUACAGAAUUAAUCACUCCAUUAUGGAUAUUUGUUUCAGGGAUAUCUAACAAUAAGAAAAUACAUCUUUAGUCCGUCUUCUCAGUGAAUUAAUUUUGAGAUCGAAAAUUUUAAGACAUUAUUUCAGUGAAUGAAAGAUAAUGAUUCUUUGUUAAAAACAUACCUUUACAUGUUAAACUAAUACAAAUUUUCUUAUUUUUGGCUGUUGUUAAGCUGCUUAUGCUGAAUAAAGUUUUUGGUAGUGUAAA